ACGUCUCUUCGAAGAGAGUAUUAUGGGCUAUCGAGGAUUAUUCAGGCAGAGGGCUGAGGGGAAAAAAAUAGCUGCGAGGUUGAAGUAAACAUGGAGCUCUCAGCCGUCGGGGAGCGGGUCUUCGCCGCCGAAUCCAUCAUUAAACGGCGCAUAAGGAGAGGCCGGAUGGAGUAUCUCGUCAAAUGGAAAGGCUGGUCUCAAAAAUACAGCACCUGGGAACCAGAGGAGAAUAUUCUGGAUGAGCGUCUUUUCGCGGCUUUUGAAGAAAGAGAGCGUGAGAGGGAGAUGUUUGGUCCAAAAAAGAGGGGACCCAAACCAGAAACAUUUUUAAUGAAGGCAAAAGCUAAAGAAAAAGGCAAAAACUAUGAGUUCAGGCGGGAGAUGUCUCGAGGAAUACGGGUGUCGUUCCCGGUAGCAGAACCGGUUGUGACUCCCAGAGCACGUGAAGGACUACGGGCAGUCGUGCCAACGAUUUUUCCACCGAGCACCAUCAACAGAGGUGAAAGUGUCCGUGUGCAUCCACCGGACUCUGAGAGAGACCCACUGAUGCACGGGGCGCCAGUUCACCGCCCGUUGGAUUUUGCCAGCUCACCAAAAAAGCGAGGACCAAAGCCAAAGUUGCGUCCAGCUGGAGGUUCAUCCAGUGAAGGUGUUAAAAGAAAGGCAGAUGAACCUUUAUCUUAUCGCCCUUCCAAAACCGAGAGAUCUGGAGAGACCUCUAACUGUGAUGUCAUCCGUUUAUCCCAGAAGAUCCAAGCGGAAUCCAGCCUCGUUCAUAAGCAAAUGGGAAGCAGGUCAAGUGAUGUCAAAUUUACACAUGGCAGCACCAUCUUAAAAGCUGGGCUUGGUGUUUUGGGACAUCGACGGAAGGACAGCUCCAGUGGUGCCAUAAACCAACAACCCAAGAUGAAGCAUCCUCCCAAAAACAAUUUAUUCAGAUCUACCGAUCAAACCAGAGAGCAACUGUCUCUGAGUUUUGUAGAUGACACAGAGCAGUCCUGGUUGCCUUGUUUGAAGAAUAUGGAGAAAAUCGUUGUUACUGACGUAACAAGUAACUCUUUGACUGUAACCAUAAAAGAGAGUUCAACGGACAAAGGCUUCUUCAAAGAAAACAGAUGAUGUGAUUUUAGUUUAUGUAUGCGUGUAUGUAUGUAUGUAUGUAUGUAUGUGAAUGGAAUAUUGUAAUCAAAUUAGAAACAACCUACAUUUCUAUAUCAUUUGUAGUCUAUAAAUGUAAAGUCUUGCAAUCAUGUACAUAAUGCAAAAACAAAAUAUAUAUAUAUACAUAGUCUAUCUUUAGCCUACAUUUCCAUUCACAUUUUCUAUGAAAAUGAAGUUUAUUUUUCUAUUUCCCAGAUUUUAUGUAAUGUACACCAGUUGAUUCCUCCUUUUGGUUGCCUUCUUCAGCUUUAUCAUGAAUGUAGGCAUAGAUGCUGUUAACACAUAUUAACGUUUCGACUUAACGCACCUUUUUAAGGGACACAUUGUUUAGUCCCUCUUUUAUGAACUAAUUGUAUUUUUCUGGUUAGAUUUUGUAUAUAUUUGAAGGUCCAAACAGUAAAGCACACCCUUUAGAAAGAGAGAAGGGAAAUAAGCUGCGUAUAUAAUUAAAUCCAUUUUAGGCCUAAAUAUUUAAGGCACAAUAAUUUAAGCUUUAUAAUCGCAUUUCGUAAUUUUUCGUUUUUCCGUUGAAUAUAUAAUUGAUUUGGGGUUUCUGUGUCUUAAUAUUUCAUUAUGAUGCGGUUUUUAGUCCUCGUCAAAAACGAAAGUGUGAUUGGUAAAAAUAAUUUCUAAAUUGCUGAAGUUCUGAAGUAAGCUCGCAGCCUGGUUUCAGUGGUGAAAUUAAAAACAUUUUAUUAUAAUUAUGUGAUGUUAACUUGUUUAACGGUUUAGCCUAAACGAGUUCAGUAUUUUUGCGGAGAGAACAAUGUGUAUCGGAGCUUGAAAUAAAAAUGUAAUUUAGCUGCUUCUAGGAGCCUUUCCCAUUAUUGGUUUUAAACAUUGUUCGCGCACAAAUCCUUGCAAAUCGUUUUUAUCUUGCCUUGCUUUAAUUUAAUCAAAUUGUUAUAAAAACAGAAAGCUCUUUAGGUCGGGGUUUUCAUUAUAGACUGAGUGCCUGUAAACAAAGACUAAAGAUCUUAAACUGAUAUAUGAUAAAUAUAUCUUAAACAGCAUGUCGGCCUAUUUUGGCAGGAUUAGAUCACAUUUACCGAUAGCGUCGUGCGCUUUUAAUGACAUUCAAAAAUAUUAAACAUUGUUUAAGUUGUCAAGGGAGUGGGUGAAAAAAAUGGCGACUGGUCAAAACCAAUCAUGUUCAUUCGUCGUAUUCACUCCGUUUCAGACUUAUUUCUAUUAUAUUUCUAUUAGCUUAUAUUAUUAUGAACAAUAAUUAUAACAAUAAUUAUUAUUAUUUGAAUAAUAUGCCGCUGCAUUGCCACACGAGCGUCGCGGCAAACAAACAUUUCUACCGUAGUGUAAUUUAUGGAUUUAUUUUUUAAAGAUCUCGUAGGUAAAGCAUUUCUGGCCUAUAGCGUUUACUGUCGGGCAACAAACGUAAUUAUUAGACAUUAUUAAUAGCCUAUAUUUAAAUAAUGGCAAAAAAUACAAACGCUGAAACGGAUUUUCAUUAUCGGGAUGAUUUUGAAUUGAAAUGUAGUAAAAACGAUAAGCGUUUUUUGAGGAAGUUCAGUCCACCAAAAGCCACAAGAUGUCGCCAUGAACUUGAUACAGAUCCUUAUUCCUCUUAAUAACGCCUAAUUCCGUGUAUAUCGAACUGAUUUUGCUUCAAAAUUAAAUAUUGAAGAGUACACUGAUAUGUAUAACAGUCACAGAUGUUCAAUGUGUCAAAUGUCGCCGUGUUUGUACUGUAUAUUUUCAUUGGUUUAAAUUUGGAUUGUCAGUGUUUUGUGUUUUGUUAUUGAAAUGUAAAAAUAAACACAUCUGAGGCAUUAAGGA